AUGGAGCUUGCGUGUGAUCUCGAGGAAAUCGAUAUCCAUGUCGAACUUCCCUCUCCUAUGCGUGAGGUUCCAAAGAGCUUCUACACUUUAAACAAUCUCAAAGUUCUGAAGCUCGCCAGCGUUAUGAUAAUGGAUGCACAAGGGUCGGUUUUCCUACCAAGAAUGAAGACAUUGAAGCUUUCGGGAGUCAAGACCAUGGAGGGCGAGUCAUUUAGCAGACUUAUCGAUGGUUGCCCUGCUCAUCUAGAAGAAUGCUGCUGCUUUUCAAGACCGAAGAUCACAACAUCGUCCCAAUUCUUGAAGAGCAUGACGAUUGUGGGCAACCACGAUUUGCAGAACACGGUGCAUCCCAUCGUUAUCCAAGCACCAAAUCUUGAGCAUCUUCAACUUUGGAACUUCGAGGAGCUGGAAAUUGUGGGCAAUUCUCCAUGGUCAGGGCUUGAAUCAGCAAGGCUUGAUGUUAGUUAUCAGAAUCAUGCUUCCUUGAUUGCACUCCUCGCCCGUAUCUCCAAUGCAAAGCAAAUGUGGUUAUCUUCGCAGACUCUGGUAAUUAUCCAAAACUACUCUUUUUUUUCCUGUUCCCCUUAG